AUGCCUGCCCGGCCAAUCACCCACAUGCUCCGCGCGCGCUGCCUGCUGCGCCAGCCUCAGACGGCCCAGGCUUUCUCAACCAGAUCCGCUGUCCGUGGCGGCGCAGACCAUGGCGACCACUAUGACCCUCCCACCGGCUAUCUGUUCGGUCUGAAGCCCGGUCAGAAAUACGAGAAGGAAGGCUGGGAGAACAUUUGGUACUACGGAUUCAUUGGAAGCAUCUUGGUUGCUGGUGUCGCAUAUGUCUUCAAGCCUGACACUUCCAUACAAACAUGGGCUCUUGAGGAGGCCCGUCGGAGACUGGAGGCCGAGGGUAUUCUGGAGGACCCCGACAAGGCCAAGAAAUAA